UAGCUUUCGGACAAGAAGCGAGACGGAGGGAGGGAGAGAGUUCCACGGGACCACGGCUCUCUCCUCUGCUCUUCUCGUUGUGUUCUGUUGCUUCUUUGGGAGAAGGCGUGGGGGAAAACGAGGUAUUCUCCCUUGCUUUGCGGGGAUUCCUUUGCUUCUCCCUUGAAAGGAAAGAAUAGGGAAAGUUUUUGGGUCGAUUCCGGUUCUUCAGGGCGCUGUUGGACACGGGUCUCUGUUGAGGUCUUUCCUCUUGGCCGAUGGCGGUGGGUACUGCUUUUGAUCAAUGGAAGAAAGAUGUAUUCUUUUCUGCUGCGGAGGUGGUCCAGGAAUCGGCGGACAUAUUGGAAUCUAUGUAUAGGAUGUGGAUUAGAGACGGUAGUGAUGGUUUUAAUUCAGAAAUGUCAGAUGAAUUGCGGAGGGAACUCCAUACUGCUUUAGGCACUGCAAAGUGGCAGUUGGAAGAAUUUGAGAGAGCUGUUAACUUGAGUCAUGAGAAUUGUUCAUCAGGGGAGAAUAUUGUCACUAGGCGUAGGCAGUUCAUAGCUGCAAUAAAAAACCAAAUUUCCCAUGUAGAAAAGGCAUUGAAUUCUUCACUUAUUGAAGAAGAGAAGCAACCACUUCGCUGGGUGCAGUUAAAUGAGGAAGAACGAGACGAUCUUGCUGUUUUUCUUUCCGCAGCACCAGAAAUUUUGCAACAGGUAACAACCAAAGAUGUUGAUAAUAAGGGUUCAUCUGAGUUAAGAACUAUGUCUGAUGCUGCAAGAGGUUGUAAGGAUACGGUAACAACAAAUAAGGAUGCAAGGUAUGUAGUGGAAGUGACAACAGAAGUAACUUCCCAAAGCAAAGAUGAUGUCUGCAUCCAAGGAGAGCAGUUGAAUGGGCAGCGGAGAACAUUAAGUUCGGCAGAUACUGGUGCUUGGAAGAUUGUGAUAGCUGAUGAGGAGGAUACAGAUAGAAAAUUGGUUGAAGUGAGACCAGAGACACCAAAUUGUGCAUCUGGUCUGUUUGGCUUUCUAAGGAGUGUUGAAUCAACAAUAAAAUUAAGGUGGUUUAGGAACAGCUUCUGGAAGGCUAAGAGUGAGGAGCAUCUUCAGUUGAGACAAGGGUUAUCAAACUACCUCAACUUUAGGGGUAUAAUUGGGUUUGCUCAGAAAAUUAAUGGGGUGACUGAAAGAAGCAGGAGUUGUUUUAGUAGUUGGAAAGAAGAUUCUAAAGCUUCCAGUGUUUGGCUACAUGCUGGAAGGGUGAAUGGACUCCAACGGCAUAUGCAAGGCUCACAGUAUCACCUGCAGUUUGGUCGUUCUCUUCAAAUCACUUUCUUUCUGGCGCUGAGUAUUGUUUUAAUUGCACCAUUCAUUCUCUACUUAACUUGAAGGAGCUUUUCUGUGCUGCUGGCUGAAGUGUGAGCAAUAGAAGGAUCAAUCUUUGAGUAACAAAAUUCUAAAAAUUCAAGCUUCAUACGUGGAUCAAGAAUAGCUCCAAAUGCUUUGUUUAGAGCAGUGAGAAAAUUACAUUGCGCAAGACUUCUAUCUUCAAGAAAAUCUCUGUAGAAAGCAUUUAAAUUAUCUUCUUUUAUUUUCUCUUUUCAAAUGGUGCAGAUGAUCAAAGGAUGCUUGAAAUCACAAGGGAUACUAUGGCUAAGCAUUUAGCUAUAAUUCAAUGCGAGCUACUUUGCUGAAAAAUGAAAAGAAAAUUUGAACACAAUUACUGUCAAGGAUUUCACUCCUUGGAAACGAGAUAAUGCAAAUGAGAUCCAAAAAUAUGUCAAACUAUAGCAACAGAUGUAUGCCAUUUGUUAGCUUGUAUUUAGCAUUGCUCUACCACUUUUAACUUUAGGCACCUUCCAAAUUAAAUUAAUAGGAAACAGAGAAAUUAAGAGGGGA